ACCGCGGCUCUAAAACGACUAGCGUGCUAACGCUAGCAAGGAAGAAAUGCGUUAUUUUAUCGCGACGCCUGUACGUGAACGAGUCGACUCACCGGACAAAACGGCAAGUUGAGUCUCGUGUCUCUAUCUGACGGACAUUUAACAUUAUUAGUGGUCAUGGCGGAUCUGGGACUGAAACAGGGAGAUAAAGUGAUGGUGGUAUGGACGCACCCAUCCUCUCCUACAGCUUUGAAGGAGUUUGCUGAGGUGCUCGGGGCUGUGGUUGGUGGCCAGAACCUGGUGUCCCUUGAGAACAUGGAACAGCUCAAGAGAUCCUCACACUCGGCUUCAAGUUACGACUGGGUUCUGUCCCAGCUGCUUCCUGACAUCGCUUCAGUCCACAGCUCUGAGAUUCUGGCGGAGAUGGCCCGGGUCCUGAAACCUGACGGGAAGCUGGUGCUGGAGGAGCCAGUAUUAGGAUCCGAGGAGGUGAGCGGAUAUAGGACAACGGGGAAGCUCAUGUCAGCCCUUAAACUGUCCGGCCUGGUUUCAGUCACAGAGGUGAAGAGUGAAGCCCUGAGCCCUGAGGCUCUUAAUCAGCUCACGAAUGCUCAGGGAACAUCUCUGUCCAGGGUGCGAAUCUCAGCUUCUAAACCCAACUUUGAGGUCGGAUCAUCAUCUCAGAUCAAACUGUCCUUCGCCAAGAAAACAGAAAAGCCAGCUCUCGAUCCAGGCGCUGCCAAACUCUGGACUCUUUCAGCUAAUGACAUGGAUGAUGACGAUGUGGACCUGAUAGACACAGAUGCACUGCUGGAUACUGACGACUUAAAGAAGCCCGACGCUGCGUCUCUCAGAGCGUCUUCAUGUGGAGAAUCAGGAACAAAGAAGAAAGCCUGCAAGAACUGCACGUGCGGGCUUGCGGAGGAGCUCGAGCAGGAGAGUAAAGCCACACAGAAAGCUGCCCAGCCGAAAUCCGCCUGUGGGAAUUGUUACUUAGGAGACGCUUUCCGCUGUGCCAGCUGUCCGUAUCUCGGCAUGCCUGCGUUUAAACCAGGAGAGAAGGUCGUACUGGCCAACACACAGACUGCAGAUACAUAAAACAUGCUGAAUUCCCCAAAGCGAUGAUUCAUUCCUUUAUUUAUGGUCAUGCCUGGAUUCAACAUCAACAUUAGACCUGAAUGAUUUGGAGAGCUUUAAACUCUUUCACUGAUGUAUAAAUGAAAUCUUUUGAACAUUGCAUAAUUUUGAUGUUUAAUACACAAUCUAUAUACUAUAAUAUAUAAGCUUCAAAAAAUUGCCACUGCUAUUAAAAUCUGACAUUCUUUUCUUCAUUUCAUUGAUUCA